CUUAUCCGGAUCAUUGAGCGCUGGGAAGAUAAUUGGGAUCGGCGGCCGCGGUGGGACGAUGUCGACGUACGAGAAGACGCUGAUUCCUCCGCUGAACUUCUCCAUGGUGGACUCUGGUGUAUACCGUUCAGGGUUCCCGAACAAGAAGAACCAUGCGUUCCUGCAGCAACUCGGCCUCCGGUCGGUCUUGUACCUGUGCCACCAGGAGCAUCGCCCCGAGAACAUCGUGUUCUUUGAAGAAAACAACAUUCAAAUCUUCCAAUGUCCCAUCGACGGCAACAAAGAACCGUUCUUGGGCAUCCACCCCGAAGCCAUGAUCAACGCACUGCGCCACUUGCUGGAUGUGCGCAACCACCCCAUCCUCGUCCAAUGCACCAAGGGAACAGUAAGCCGCCGACACUUUUCCUCAUCAACAUGCAAGCAGCACUAACGUUGCCCAUCAUGACUGUAGCAUCGCACUGGAUGUGUGGUCGGGUGCCUCCGCAAGGUGCAAUACUGGUCGCUCACUUCCAUCAUCGACGAAUACUGCCGCUUCGCCGGUCCGCGCAUGCGCCUCCUGGACCAGCAGUUCAUCGAGUUCUUUUCCCCAGUCAUCGACUACGACGCGUCCCACGCACCACGAUGGCUCUAUUGAGCUCAUAUUAUAUACACAUGUCUACUACAGCACCGAGUCUUCUUGCGUGGCGCUGCCACUGCUCGUGCUGUCAUUGUUGGCGCCGUCGCGGGUCAUGGCGCGCGAAAUGUCGGCCACCUGCGUGCUCCACGCACAACAUUAAUACACACACAUCACCCUUCCUUUUGUCAUGCAUCUUACCUUUUCUGCGGCAGCCACGAGCGCAUCUUGGUCCGCCUCUGCCGCCUUG